CACACACAAUCAACACAACAGCUUUCUUAUCUGUAUUGUUACCUCCGAAGACGCCCGGACUUAGUCCCCCUCAUCACCGGUCUUUGAACGGGUCCGUCCGCAGAAGUAUGUGGAGAUUAAAGAAGACGAGAAGGGAACUAAAUCAAUAUAGGCCUCCGAGUGACACCAUUUAUGAUCCUUAAAACACAGUGGUCUGGUAGUGUGGUGGUGUCAAAGGCUUAUUUCACUACGCCUUGAGAACCACAAUGUAGUGCGUUUACUGUCUUCAUUUUUUCAGCGUAUUCUCCUGUUAGAUCGUGUAGUUCUAUAUUGUUUCAAUUUUGUCAAACAAUGAGCAUGCAUUCGACUAUACAGCUGUGAGUGUGCAGGUUAUUUUAAUACACGUCGUUUAGCGUAUUUAAUUCGAUACAUGCAGCCAAGACCUGAUGUGGAUUUCCCAGAUAGAUUUUACACCGGGUAGGGCAUAUUGAAGAUGAUACGGGGAAGGUUUUUGCGCCGGUGGGGCAUGAUGAGUUUCAUCAUGGCUUGCUUUGUGUACACGGCAGUCUACUUGUCAACCAUCCACACAUUUGAAGUAAGCAUCAGCCUGGAGAAACCACGUAAAAACAAUCCACCGCCGUUUCCAUGGGAACACCCGGAUCCAGCUCCAGAAAAUGAUAAAGCGGGAAAAUUUUCUAAUCGGGCGAUUCAGGAGCACCCAGACUCUCUCCAAAACCUCACCGAGAAGUUGAAGACGAAGACGGAGACAAUGGUUCAAAAAUCUGAAAAUGAGGACACUGAAAUACGAACGGAUCAGAAGAAGGACAGUGUGGAAGAUUUUAUGUCGGCCCAAAGCGAGGUCAAUCGACUGAGGCGAGAGUUGAUACUUGAUCAGUGCGCGAAGCAUCCAGAACUGAAUCAAGGUGGUAUUACCGACAACACCUAUCGCCAUAUAUACGUCAAUGAUAAGCACAAGCUUCUCUAUUGUUUCAUCCCGAAGGUUGGAUGCAGCAACUGGAAGAGGGUGAUGAUGAUCUUGAACGGGAGCACGAAAACAUUCAGCGGGAUGAGUUCGGACGAAGUCCACUUCAGCAACGGCAUGAAGCGACUCGCCGGAUUCACGCGCAGAGAGCAACAGCACAAGUUACAAACAUUCAAGAAAUUCGUUUACGUGCGCAAUCCGUUUGUGCGCGUGCUGUCGGCCUUCAAUAAUAAAUACGGGGAUGUUGUUCAGUAUCGAAAAGAAAAAUACUUUCAGGGUUUUGCGAAAACUAUCAUGAAGCAAUUCCGAUCGCAUGCAACGAUGAAAGAGCUGAAAACGGGUGAAAACAUAACUUGGACAGAAUUUGUACAGUUUUUGACACAGCCCAAGCGACCGUUCUUUGACGACCAUUGGGAAGAAAUGUUUAAAACGUGUUUGCCAUGUAAGAUUAAAUACGAUUACGUUGGCAAUUUAGAAACUGUUUCAGAAGACGCAACGUAUAUGCUCACAGAUUUGCAGUUAGACUCUUUGGUUAAAUUUCCGUCCAAAAGCAAUAGUCACCCAACGAACAGCACUGCCGAAUUUGAAAAAGCUUUUCGAAACUUGCCCAAGGACAAUUUAAAAAAAUUGUGGAAGAUUUACGAAAAAGAUUUUGAAAUCUUCGGCUAUCCGAAGCCAAAUUUCAUAGAAGAACUUUAAGUUUAGACAGAACUAAUGAAUGUGUCGGAAGAAGUUGGUUUUGAAUAAUCUAUUGUAUUUUUUUACUAUGUGAUUUUAUUCGUUAUGUAAGAACUGUUUUAUUUUCAAUUCGUUCGUAGGUAUUUUGUACAGACGGUGUGAGCGCAGGAAAUACAGUCAUCUAAAUACAAAGAAAUUUGUAACAAUGAAACACUGGAAUUUGAAUGUAUUAGAAUAUCUGACACUUUCUUCUCCCCUUUAGAAGAUCCAUUUCGAUUAAAAUAAAAACUAAAGAAAGAGAUUGGAAAAAUGCUGUUUAUAUAUUAAAGCCGCUCGGCCGUUUCUCGUUCUCCAAACCUAUUUGCCUGGAAUCAUUAAUGAAACUGCGCUGCAAGAUGAUGGCCAUAUCUCAUUGCGAUGAACGUAUAUAGCGGAUACUUGAAGUGAACUGAUAAUACCGUCUUAUAUGUUUGUUUUGCUAUGUAAACCAUGUGGCGUUUGACUCGUCUUUCUGGACAAAUGCCAUCAAUAUUUUUCUUCAAGCUAUGCUGGUUUCCUUUCAUCGUUGAAUAAUGAUUUAUCUCAUUAUCCUUAAUAAAGUAACCAACUGUUGACUAAGAUCGCCGGAGGCACUAUAGA